AUUCAUAUCCCAUCUUCCUCUCCAGAAUCAUUGUCUCGUUCAUUCAUGUUUCUUGUUCUUUGGCAGAAUUUCAGCAUAAAUAUACACCGACCGGCACGGUGCUUUUUCUUCCUUCUUCCAAAACCCCUGAUUGAUUAAUCCAACGAAAUUGAUCGGAUCGAAAUCCCACGAGUACUGUACCCAGUAUCGAGAAAUCAAUCCACCGAGAUCUCUUCUCUUCGACACUUUCCUUGCUGAUCUAGCCGAUACUUGAUCAGGAGAUAUAUCGUCGUCAUCUUCAUUGUCAUUUCUCAUUAUUUAUCAGCGUAACGGGUCCUCGUACAAUAUUGACCUACAAAAACCCUGUCACAAAAAUUCCCGACCUGGAUCCGGCAUUCUAAAUUAAAAACACCAUACGAAAGACUGUCCAACCUUCUUCUCCAGACGAACAGAAGCAACUGGGGUCAGAAUACGGGUAGGGCAAAGCGGAAGGGAGAAACAAAGCCGGGAUCCUCCCAGUCAAACGCAGGGGGGAAGCAAGCGACUCUUCUUGGCUGCCUUGUAGGCGACAGAUUCGCCUGUUGGGUGCUGGUUGGUGCCGGCAUUGUGAUUGACAGUUGCGUCAAAGGGUCCCCGAGCUCCCCCCCAAGCUGUUCUCAAAGCCACGUCUGAUCAUUCAUCAAAUCAUCUCCCCCUCCCCGGCUCGCAUCGUCUCGCGGCACUCGCCAAAACCCAACCAUCAACCCUCCCGAUUCCUCUCCAAGCCUAAAACCGGCACCACUGCAUUCCAAGACGCGUUUGCGUUCCCACUCGAUUCCCAAACACCGGCACAUCCUUAUUCUUAGUUUCCAACCGAGUACCUUAUAUUUCACCUGCAUUCCUUCACUGACUUUCCUGGCGCAUCGUAUUCACAUACACGCGACCAUGUCACCUGUUGUGUAUCCAUACACGGUCACCAACAGUUACAAAGGGGGCCUCUUGAUGCGAACAUACAGCCGUAACGUGCGGCGCGCCUGGGAUGGUGAGGACUAUCGUCCGCCAAAGCGCCAGCGCCUCGAGGAUACUUGGAACGCGCCGUCUUUUACUUCCGGCGGAUACAACGAGAACGCGAUCAUCAAACCCAUUGAUCUCGAGGAUAGCCUCGAACGCGCCAUACGCGAGACCAGUGUAGCUGCACUCUCCUCCUCGCCGUCGCGAAAGAACAGUACUGUCUUUUCGGCAGAAUCACACGAAGAAGGCCCAGGCUCCAGCACCAUCACCCCACCAUCCUCUCCUCCCCCCAUCCUACAACUCACACCACCGCGGAUCAAAGUUCGCAAGUUCAACUUCUCGGCAAUUGACAAGGCAAGAAAAGAGAUGAAGAAACUGAAAGAUGCAAAGAGGAAACGCGAAGCACAAUUACUCGCACCAGUCCGAACGGAACCUACGCGUCACGACUCGGAGCCACUCUCUGAGAUUUUCAACUCGAGCCUACGCGCCCAAAGCUCUCAACCAGCAAGCACAGACGCGUCGGAGAGGCAAGAAGGGGACCAGACGUCAAUUACGCGUCCAGUGUCGCGACCGUCGUUACCAAAACAAAACCUGGUCCAAACGGUGCUGGAUCUAGGCCAACCAACUGGCCCAACGACAUGUCCACAAUGCCAAAUGUCCUAUGUACCCACGUCAUCCGAGGACAACCAGCUUCAUCACAUGUUUCACCAUCGCGACAGUUCUGGCAUCGAGCUCGGAAAGCCGUUCCUCAAGUCGGCCAUGAGAUGGUGCUACCAAGUGGCCCACAUCCCCGGGAGUGUUGUGGUGGUGGACCGGAAAUUGUCCUUGCCUGCACGUAGAACGGUGCAGAAAGUGCUUUCGAUUGUCAACAAGGAGCUUGGGAGCGUGGAAAUCAAAGAGGAGGAUCUGUGGAGUCAGCGUGCUCUGGAAGACGAGAAGGACGACGACAACACGAAGAAAUGCGAUCGUUACAAGGCCUUUUUGCACAUCAUCGAGGACAAGUGCGUGGGAAUCUGCCUCGCGGAGCGAAUAACAAAGGCCCACCGAGUCCUUCCGACCGAAACCGCCACCGGCGAAAUCAUGUCUCUGAAUGACCGCCACCAACCCAAUUUCCGACAGACGACCGGCCCAGCGACUCCAGCCGCUACAGAGUUCAAUGGCGAAGAAGCAGAUCAACCCCUUGGGAAGCCUCAGAUUCCAACACCGGUAGCCAGCCCGACUUCCUCGGGACCUUCGUCAAGCAUCAGUAUCUCGGAGGAGACGCACCUCGCCGUGGUGGGCGUUAGCCGCAUCUGGACGAGCCGAGCUUUCCGACACAAGGGCAUCGCGAACAAUUUGCUGGAAUGUGUCAUGAGUCAAUUCAUUUACGGCAUGGAGAUUGAACCUGACCAAGUGGCGUUCAGCCAACCCACCGAGAGUGGCGCCGCUUUGGCGAGGGCAUGGUUCGGAGCUGAUGAUGGAUGGUCUGUUUAUCGAGAAGAGUGAAUGACAUGAACAUGAACUUGCUGAUUUUUGCUGAAUUUGUCUUUUACUUUUUUUUUGUGUAGGAUAAGACAGGACGUUUCCCACCUACAUGUGUUUUCUCGACACUGUAUUACCGAAAAAAAGGGAUGGAACGUGGGGAGCUGGGACCGGUAGAGGGACAAGGUACGGGGGUACAGGAGCAUUUGGGAAAAAAAGGGUGGGAGGGUGCUGCUGCGCACUUUGGUUGUGAAAUCUUUUUGUCCAAGUAUGGAUUUUUUUUUGUGUGUGACGGUAAACGAGGAUCAGAAGGCGCCCGCGAGACCUUGUUUUUGUACAUAUGCGUGGGUGUGUGUGUGUGUAUGUUGGAUUUAAGAGACGAACAGGAUAUGUAUAGGUACUUGGUACAUUUUACACAGUAGCAGUAUGUGAUUAUGUUUUGUGUCUCUG